UACUUCAUUUUAAUUUACCAAGAUGCUGUGCAGAGUAUAUCAGAUCAUGUGACCGUGGUGCUGGUCUCAUUCCUAGCUGGUGUGAUUGCGUUGCUCCUUCUCCAGGGUUUUCUCCUGUACGGCAUAUUCAAAUCUUCACCACCCAGUCCAAUGCCAAAAUGUAAAGAGGAGCACAAGGUUAAACUCCCUGAGGUAAGUUAUAUAAUCUCUUUCAGGGUUUAUAAUGCAGCCAUGUUCAGGUCCACACCGUUCAGGUCCACACCGUUCAGGUGCAGACCGUUCAGGUCCACACUGUUCAGGUCCACACUGUUCAGGUCCACACCGUUUAGGUCCACACCGUUCAGGUCCACACCGCUUGUUUGAUCGUAUCUACUACCAGUUAUUUCUAAAUUUAUUUAUUAAGAUAAGAUAAGAUUCUUUUAUACAUGGCUUCCUUCCGUCUUCCCGAGACAAUGGAGUAGCUAUGUAGACUUCAAAGAAUGGCCAUUCCUGGAAUGGUAAUCUCGACUGCAUUUAUUGAUCCAAAUUAAGGGAAAUAUUCCUGUUUCCAUUGUGCACAUUAAUUUUCCUUAUAAUUGUUAUGUCACAUAAUUUGUUUUGUAGUAGAAUCCAAACUAAGGGUUCUCUGGUAUGAUCUGAAAUUAGAACGUGGUACAAAAAUUCACAGUGGUCACAUCUGAAAAUCAGACAGAUAUUUAAAUGUUACAAAAAUGUUGACCACUUGGAAAUGAGUUUUUUUUCCCAGAUUUUUUUAAUAUAUUAAAACCUAAAUCAAGACAAUCCUUAAAUAGCGACUGUCUUAAAAAAUAAAUUUACAAUAAUAACUGAACAGAUUGUUGCCCAUAUAUCAAUGCGUUAUUUAUCAUCAGUUCUUGAAGUCACGCAUUCAUCAGCCCAACCUUAAGCAUCCAGAAGAUUGCAUUUGGUUGAAUUUCAUGAUACAGUUUAUCUUCUCCGAAAUGAAAGACUCUCUCGCAGUUCGCAGGUAUGUUUGUAGGUAG